CUGUGCGGUUCGGCAGAGGUUCCGUCCGCGGAGACGGAGACCGAAAGCUUUUCUUCUCUUUGCUUUGCGGCAUAAAACUUCACUUUUAGGCCGUUUGCGUUUAAGACCACUCUUCACUUUUGGUGAAGUUUAGGUCUUUUUCUCGUUGAAGAAACUCUUCAAAAGUCGUUAAGUUUGUCCGAAACUCAGAACUUUACGCCUUUAGAAAAGCAACAAAGUGGACUUUGAGAUUUAAAUAAAGUUUAUUCAAAUGUUUUUGGCUGUAAUCGAGAUCCGGGGGUGACCGCAGCUCCGCCGCCCUCCCUUAGGCCUCCGCCGCCGGACUUUGAUUGUUCGGGAAGCAGAAUUUCCUCCACAGCGGGACUUUAAGGCGGUUCCUGGACUCUCUGCCUUCAUACCAGGUUUGCUUUUUGAGCCGCGGGCCAAUGUAAGUCCAGUUGAGUGACUGCGUGUGAAGGAGGGACCACCACCAUCCUCAUGUCCUAUGGAGGAGACUUUUACGGACGCACUGAGCGUGUCCGCCAGGCGCCGCACUAUGACCAGGUUCCUCUGGGUUCUUUACCCCGAACAGACUCCUACGACUCCCAGCUGAGUGCGCCGUACUUGGGUCAGAGCGCCGACCCCCUUCCUCCCCCGCCGCUGCCGGAGCAGCCGCCUGUCGGCCCAGAGUCAGUCCCCAGCGAGGACGGUGCCGAGUUAGAUCCCGCCAUCGACAUCAAACCGGUCCACCGCUUCGUCCCCGACUCCUGGAAGAACUUCUUCAGGCUCAGCAACCGCAGCAGCAAGAAGGCGUGGUCCAUGCCUGCCUCCUCCACUGACAAAAACAACAGCACCACCAACGGGGUGCGCUGCUCCCCGCCCCACUCCCCUUCUCUUCCCGGAUCGUACCGCGACCCGUAUGGCGGCUCCGGCGGCAGUUACAACUCCCACAAGGAGCUUCUGGACGGACAGAACGGACAGGAGUCCUUCUCCGGACGCACUCACCACACGGGUCUGACCUACAGUGAGCGGGUGGAGGAGUACAACCAGCGCUACGCCUACAUGAAGUCGUGGGCGGGGCUGCUGAGGAUUCUGGGCUGCGUGGAGCUGCUGCUUGGCGCGGCCGUGUUCGCCUGCGUCUGCGCCUACAUCCACAAAGACCACGAAUGGUCCAGCAUGUUUGGAUCCUCGUCCCCCGGAGCUUAUGGCGCCGGGUAUUACGGCGCCGGAACAAGCGGGAGCUACUACAACGGCCCCAUGACCCCAUUUGUGUUGGUGGUGGCGGGGGUGGCCUGGGUGGUGACUGUGAUUGUUCUGGUGUUGGGGAUGACCAUGUACUACCGCACCAUCCUGCUGGACUCGUCCUGGUGGCCCCUGACUGAGUUCAUCAUCAACCUGGCUUUGGCCCUCCUCUACUUGGCCGCAGGCAUCGUCUACGUCCGGGACGCGACCCGGGGGGGCCUCUGCUCCUACCCCGUCUUCAACGCCGGCAUCAACGCGGCGUUCUGCAGGAUCGAGGCGGGCCAGACGGCCGCCAUCAUCUUCUUGUUCUCCACCAUGGUGGUGUACCUGAUCGGCGCCAUCGUGUGUCUGAAGCUGUGGCGGCACGAAGCCGCCCGCCGGUACCGGGAGCGGUACGGCCUGCAGCCGUCUGAGAUGCGCUCCGUCCAGACGACGCCGAGAGUUCCAGUUUCUGAGCCAGUUCCCAGAAUUCAAGAGGUGGUCCGGGACGCGGCGGCCGUCCCCAUCAAGGUGCCUCUGAAGGCGGUUCCCGCUCAGGUGGUUCAGGGAAGCAUCCCGUCAGGAUACAUCCCCAAACCCGUCAUCGUUCCAGACUACAUCGCUAAAUAUCCAGCGAUCCGGUCCAGCGAGGAGAAGGACCGGUACCGGGCCGUGUUCAACGACCAGUACUCCGAGUACAAAGAGCUCCACUCGGACGUCCAGGCCACCCUGAAGAAGUUUGAGGAGAUGGACGCCAUGAUCCAGACGCUUCCUCAGCAUCCGACCAGUCAGAUGGAGUUGGAGCGGAUCCAGAGGAUCCUGCAGGACUACCAGAGGAAGAAGACGGACCCGACUUUCCUGGAGAAGAAGGAGCGCUGCGAGUACCUGAAGAACAAACUGUCGCACAUAAAACAGAAGAUCCAAGAGUACGAGAAAGUCAUGGAGUGGAACGACGGAUACACUUAGAUCCUCCUUCAGAAGCGACUUUUGGAUCGCGGGGAAAACCAAAAACCACCAGCUUUCUGUCUGAACGCAUCUCCACGGGUCUGUAGGGACUCUGUUCGGUAGUUUGGUGUUUGUUAAAAAAGCCUUCCUCGUUUAUCCAAAGAACUUUCAGCUUUGCGACAAAAACGGCAGACGGAGAGGCUGAACGUCCUCCAACACUAAAACACACUUCCAGAUUCAAAGGACUUUGUGUCCCCCAGGAAUCUGGGUUCUUUCAUUUCACACUAAUCACAAAAUGCACUUGACAUGAAAUCUGAAACCUGAUGACGGAUCCAUCAGAAAAACAGCAAAGCACAUUCAGUUUUCUCUUUUCUUUCCAUCUAAAUGCAGAAAAGUAAAGUUUCAUUCGAAAGGCAACUCAAGGCGGUGAAGGGACCGAGGGGUUAACGGCCAUCAGGUGACGGACCCGUCUGCUGCCCGAUGUGGAACAGAACCUUUUAAAUGUGGCAUUCUGUUUGCUGACCAGCAGGGGGCGACGGUCAGACUGUGGAGAAACGUUGGCUAACUGCUCAUCUGCUUUGGAAUAAAAACUUUGAGGUUUUCUUUCAGAAAGUGUCUCUGAAAAAAAUCCAGGACGAGUCUACUUUAAAAGAAAAAAGAGUUCUGAUUCUGAAAUCUUUAUGAUUUUGAAGGAGUUUGGGGUUUGAACCAAAUCCUCUAAAAAAAAAAAAGAAUCAACUUUUUGCUGGUAAAAACCCCAAAAUGGUCCAAAUAUACAAAGAGUAAUUAGAUGCUGCUGCAGAAAUGUAAAACAGAUGUAGAUGUAAAACGACACUGGAUUACCUCCAAUAUCUGCUCAUUUUACAGCAUUAUGAAUCUGCUUCAUCGCUGUCUUGUCACUGAAACUGAAAAUACAUGCGUGUCUGACUCUUCCUGUCAAAGCUUUUGUAAUGAUCUGUUCCAGCAUUUCACUAAUUAAACAUUUUAUAUUUUCAA